AUGAAAAUGUUGAAUCCGCACAGAGUUCGGCUGGAGCGCUGGGUUGUUGGCACAACCAACCGGUGGCGUUUUCCAAAACAGCGUUUCUCCAGGGACCUGUUGGCACUUUCCCAGAUGUGCAGUGUUUUGAAUAUAGACCCUGAUGACGCUAUGAAGAACCCAGACAAGUUAUGCAUUCCAAAAAUCUAUAAAUUUUUCUCUGAGAAUUUCAAGGACGAUGGCACCCAGAGUGGGGAAGCAGACGUGACUCUUGAAUGCCUAGGCUUCAAGUGGGAGUUGCAUCACCCUCAGAUUUUUCAGUCCGAGACCUUGGCCAAGCUUUACUUGACAGCCCUGAUGCAUAAUGCAAAAAGUCCCUCAAGGGACCUGGACAAGACUCUAAAAGGUCAGUCAUCUGGGAAGAUCAGAGAAAUGUCCCCUGCAAAGAAGAUGGUCAUUUCUUUGAAGAUCAAUGACCCGGCAGUCACCAGAGUUGCCUUCGCUCUGGCCCUCAAGAAUCUCUACAUGAAUGAAGUAGAGAUGAAUGCAGACGACGUGCUGGGGGUACUGGCUUCUGCUCACAUCCUCCAGUUUGGCCGCCUAUUUCAAAAGUGUAUCACCAUGAUGAUGAGCAGACUCACACCAAGCACCGUCAAGAACUUCUACCUAGCAAGCUGCAAGUACAAGGAAGAGCAACUCACAGUCGCCUGCGAGAAGUGGCUGGCGAUGAACUUGGUCCCUCUGGUGGGGACACAGAUCCACCUCAGGCACAUCCCUCAGCAUCUUCUCCACAAGGUGCUGAAGUCUCCCAGGUUGUUUACCUUUAGCGAAUUUCAUCUCCUGAAAACCUUACUUCUGUGGGUCUACUUGCAACUUAACUGCAAGGUCCAGGCAAUUCCAAUCCAUGAAACCAUGCUGGCGUUUUUCAGCAGCUUUCCCAAGAAGUGCUGCUUCCUGGAGCAGGACAUAGGCCAGAGCUGGAUGCCACUGUUCCUUUGCCUGCGGCUGCAUGGUAUCACCAGCGGCAAGGAUCUGGAGGAGUUAAGGCACAUCAACUUCUUCCCCGAAUCCUGGCUGGUCCAGGUUGCAGCCAACCAUUACCACGCACUGGAGAGCGGAGGCAACAUGGUCCAUCUGAAAGAUCUUUCUACCCAGGCUGUGAGGUUCGGGCUACUCUUUAGACUGGAAUACACCACUUAUUCAGAAAAGAUUUCUAUAUAUGGAUACUUCUUUGAGAUAAAGGGAAUCAAACAGGACGCUACCUCUUACAGUUUUUCUAUGCAGAGAAUAAAACAUACAGACUUGGAGUGCCCCUCCCCCAUCUGUGAGCACAGUGCCAUCAGCUUGAGAGCCCAGCGCCUGGUGAGGUAUGAGAUCAGAGCCCAGACACUGGUGGAUGGCAGGUGGCAGGAGUUCAGGACCAACCAGAUCACACAGAAGUUUGGGUUCCUCAAGCCGGGCUGCAAAAGCCAUGUCUUGAAAAUCCAAACUGCGGGCAUCCCAAUCUAUGCAAAUUUUGCUUUCAUCUUCCCCGUAUCUUGACAGUUUCCAG